UGUAAAAAUCAGAUGCAGGCAUUUUGGACAUGCUAUAAAAAUGAUCUGUGGGAUAUUUUGAUCUGAAACUUUACAGACACAUUCUAGGCACACCUGAGACUUAUAUUUCAUAUUGUAAAAAUGGGUAUAAUAUUGACUCUUUAAUAGGAGCAGGCAAGUAGUGCUACAGUUUUGUGAAUAAGGUGCCACUGAUAUUGAAAAGAAAGUGUGUUUGAGCUAGAAGAAGGAAAGCAUCUUAAUGUGAAUUCUUGGACCAGAGCACUAUAUCAGCCAAUUCCCUCUUGAACCAUAAUUCAUUCACUCUGAGACCAUUUUUGUCCUUUGUGCUGAAGAUCUGUUUGUGGUUUUGUGAAUCUUUUCCAGUGCUCCAUAGGCAUGUUUAUGCGACUGAGGUUUGCAUGAGUGUGUGAAUUUGAGGUCUAGGUUUUGGCUUCGAUGCUUGGGUAUCAUCAUUUAACACAAACAGAUUUUCCUGACUGCUUUCGGUACCUCAUGAGCGUCAUAUCUCAGCGUGCCUAUAAAACCCACUUCUCAUCCAUCAUCUCUCCAUCUUCGCUGCACUCAUCUGUUUCUGCUUAAGAUGCAUGUUUAUUUUGUUCAGUUUGAAUGUCUAUGGUUUUGCCUCUUUGCAUGACACCCCCAGUUUAAACAAUAUUAUUUAAAGCCUUAAAGCUACAAAACUGCAGCCUGCUUCGUGUUAGGAAUGCGAAUGACUCUAGACGUAUGAAGGCAGGGAUCAAUUAUUAAUUUCACUGCAACAGUUACACUAGAGUUUCCUCCUCUAUAACUAGUUUCGGUCAAGUCCUCCAUAUUGUUUUUAUUCAUCUCUUCAAUAACCUCAGCGUGACUAGGAGCUUUAGGAGGCCUCAACCCCCUUCCCACUAAUCUCCCCACAAUAUUGAAACGGCUCCAGUAGAUGUAGUGAAAGAAAAGGAAUUGAAACAGGCUGGAGGCAGAGAGUCCAGGGAAAAGUAGGCGUGUCCUUCCUUCAAAUCCUGUUCCACGGGGUUUCACAAAGUCCAUCAUGAGUUUAAAGACAGGGAAAAGAAGGGGGUCUCUCUCGCCAUUACUUCUUUUCUCCACCCCUUUUCUCCCCCACCACUCUUUUUUCCUUUAAAGCCCCCUAAAUGUUCUCAUGUUCUCUUGCACCCUUUACCCUCUUUUCCAGCACAAAGUAGACAAGAUUCAUUUCCUUUUGCUGCCUAUUUUCCUUGGUCCUGCAGGAAUAGGUCAGGUGGCCCUGAUCUGUAAUCCAGCCACCACCAACUUGGACUCGGAGAGCAAACGAACGGUCCACUUCCAAUCGUCAUGGCAACAGCAUGUGAAUGUGUUCGGCUCGUGGAGUAGGCCGGAGUGUGUGCAGGAACUGCAUCAGGAGGCUCAGCUGAACCUACAGAGCAUACUGCAAGAUUUUGAGGAGCAGCUGUACGAUAACAGAGUUACAGGACAGACAUUCAGACACUCUUCCUCUCCGAGCUCUGAAGACACGUCGACCACCCUCAGUCGGUCUCCUUCCACGCUCAGCAACAAGAAGACAGAGUUUGUCUUUGUGCCUGCAAAUAAGCAGGUGUGUGAGGAUGAGACCACAACAUUAGGGGUGCGGGCGCAGGACCCGACCCCCUGCGCAUCAGAGAAGUCUCUAUUUGGCUGGAAUGCCUCAUUGAGCCCUCCUGUUGCAGAGAAACCUCGAUGGCACCUGGGCCGACAAACUCCUUCUCACCUUGUCCCAGUUGAGAUCAAAGGCCAGAGCUUUGAUAAGCACUCCGCACAGCCCAGAGAACUCCGGGCCCCCUUUAGAACUGAUUCAACGGUCAACUCAAAAACCAUUCGCCGCCCGAGGAGUGUGGUUGCAGGCCCUGAUGUCACGCUGCACUGCCAAGGUGACAGCAAAAUUCUUGCUGUGGAUCUAAUUCAAGGUGCCUGUUCCCCUGAAUCCUCUCAACCCAGAUCAUUGGAGCCCACCACUGAGAACACAGGUCAACAACAUAUUCCUCUUCGGAAGACCCAAAGUGACCUGGAGCACAGUUUCUCUUCAUCCCCGAAGACCCCGUUAGGCAUGAUGGAUCAUGCCACUCUGAUGUGCCCCAGCCCCUCCUGGAAUGGCCCAAAAGGUUCCACUUUCUCGCCAUCCUGGAAUGACUCAUAUAACUAUGCCUUGGUUACUAGCCCUCCUUCCAAGCAGCCUGUAUCUAAAACUGGAAUGUUAAUGCCAGGAGUUGAAGGAGGUGGUGUAAUGUGCCCAUCUCAGACCAGUUCAGGUCUCUCCAUGAGCUCAGGGUCACAUUCCAGUUCUUUCACCUCUAUCUCUGAACCAUAUGGACAUAGGAUGUACACAGUCGCACACGGGGGUGGUGUUGCUGUUGGAAAGCAGAAUGAUACUGAGGGGGCAACUUCUAUUCGGGGCACAGGUAGCAGUCUCAGCAAAAGUGAGCAGGAGAAGAAAUUAGCACGAUCGUUUAGGUUUCGUGAACGUUCACUUUCAACGCCGACAGAUUCUGGGUCUUUUUGCUCAGCAGAUAACGUAUGCUCUCCAGGCGAGACAGUCCCUGACGUUCCAGAGGGUUAUGCCCUGCUAUAUCCAAGCAACAGCUCGGAAGAUAGCACCAGCACUGAUAAUGUUUCUGUGACCACAGGUUCAGAUUUUCUUCCAGAUGGUCGACUGAGGUCACGUUCACGCAGUAUCUCACUAAAAAAAUCGAAGAAAAAGCCACCACCUCCAGUACGUAGUGUAUCUCUAAUGAAAAACCUAUCAGAAGCUGAAGGGAUGGUCUCCUAUCACAGAGAAGGACAUUUUAGAGAUGGCAGACCCAAAAGCCUCUUUCUCCCUCGAGAUCACAACAUUCAAGAUUCAUUCCAGCCUGACUUCUUAAUUGCCAAGCCUGAGGAAGACAUGGAUCAAGCCCAUAGUAGCUUGGAGACAUCAUCUGAUAUAUCUCAGCCUCCUGAGAGGGAAGCAGAGCUUGGGUUUCCUCCUCACUGGCAGCUCAAUGAGUGGAAGUCCAACAAUGAUCCCUACCGCUCACUAUCAGGUUCAAGCACAGCCACAGGUACCACAGUGAUUGAGUGCAUGAAGGUGCGGGGCAGCUCAGAGUCCCUGAAUUCACCCUCAACUUCACGAGCCACCUCUCCUUCACAGCUAUCUAUUGAAGCUGAGACCAAGCCCUCCCCCUUCAGGCCCCCAUGCCUCAUGUCCCCAUCCAGUGGCUACUCGAGCCAGUCUGAAACUCCAACCCCAACCAUAUCAAGCACCCUCAUGGCUGGACCUUCUCCAGCUGGCUGUAAAAUGCGCCCAAAGAUUCCAGAGCGGAAAUCUUCCCUCCCAGUGAAGGAUAAAUCUCGCUCACGUCUUUCGUUUGAACUGCCUGCAAACUCUCAACUGGACCUGUCCUCUGUUAAACCUAAGUCUAAAGCGAGUCGACGCCACUCUGACACAUCUACAGCCAACAAACCAGGUAAACUGAGCCCCAGUCAGUCAUCUCUGCCCAUGGUUACCACAACAGACUUGCGAAGUAUACGGCUUCGUUCAGUAAGCCGCUCAGAACUUGAGGACAGUCCCGAUGGCUCUUCUGACGUUAUAGAAGAAGAGCAAAGUCGAGACAUCAGCCCACCUAUCACCCCCUCAGACACAAAACUGUCAAAGCCACCAGUUGCAAUCAAGCCACCUCUACCUAAAAGACCCAUGAAUUUGAUGCUUAAAUCUCCCUCAUCCUCACCUCUGACACCUGAAUCUCCCCCAUCUUCCCCUGUGGACCGACCAAUGCCUGUUGGUAACAUCUAUAUGGUUGUAAGAAAGCCCAAACCUAAAAGACCAGCUCAGUCACCACUCAGCACAUCUGCAGUUUCCUCACAAGAGAGACUCUACAGUCAUAUACCUCCUCUCCCUGAGUUUGACCUGGAAUAUGGGAUUCCCAUUGAAGAAGAUCUUCCAUCCCCAAGCAGCCCAGAAAGAGAGGACAAAAGUAAGACCCUACCAAGCAGAAUGACAUUAUCUUGUUUAGCAGAAUUAGAGAAAAAGAAGCCCAAGGUACCCCCUCCAGUGCCCAAAAAACCCAGUGUCCUCCUUUUGCCAUCUCCAAGUAUUCAGCCUAAUGGAAAUUCAGAGAGGCAAACUCUGCUUUCAGACAGUGUCUCCCAGUCACCCGUAGGUCCACCGCCAUCUGAGAUCGAGGAGGAUUCUUAUAAAGUUGAAGACGAAGACCAUCCUGAAACACAAAAAAUAGACGGAAACCAUGAGGAUCUUGAAACUUAUGAGACCCCUGAAGAUCUAGAGCAUGAUGUGGUUGUUGAAGAGGACAGUUCAAAAGAUUCAGGUUCUUAUCAAGUUAUGGACUACAAGAUACUUUCAGCAGAGACAGAAACAGAAUCUCACACAGACACAGAAAUAUCCGAAGAGAUCGAUUCUGCAGUUGACAAGAGCGAACUGCACAUUAGUGAAGAAACAGAUGAUGAUGUAUUUGUUCACACUCCAACAACUCAUACCACUGAGGACCUCUUCACCAUAAUACACAGGUCAAAGAGGAAAGUUCUUGGCCGCAAGGAACCAACGGACUCUUUCGGAAGCAGACAGUGUUUGGUCUCACCUGUUAAAAGCAGUAGCACAGACCACCGAACUCUGGGCACUGGGACUACUCCUCGGUCAAGCUCACGGAAUGAAAACUUCAUGGCUCUUCUCCAGAAGAGAAGCAGUAAGGCCAGCAGUGGCACCCGAGUCUCAGCCAUGGAGUUGCUAAAGAGCACAAACCCACUGGCACGACGAGUCACGGAGUUCUCGCAGUCACAACCAGAUGCGAGCACAACAAAUGCCCCCAAACCAGCUACACAAGACCAGUGAACCACAUGCUGGAUAUCCGUAGGGCUGGCUCCACUGCCCAUCUAAACGGUUUAAUAUACAAAGACCUCAAGCUGUUGGAAACGGACAGGGUUUGGGAUGUUGCUUUAAAAAGAAGCGGACUGUAUCGAUGAUGUAAAACUAUUGUGGAGGAUAAUCAGCAUUAAAGAAAACUGAGCCCACCGUGAUAAACAUUUUUAGGAUGGACAGAUCUGCAGUUUUAAUGUGGUAAUGAAACUCCUGAAUGGAAACGGACAUCAAGAAAUGUUUAAGGAGCUUAUAUGUAUUUGGUUCUGCCAAAGUUUGCUCUGCAAGGUUUCCGAUGGUGGACUAGAAAGUGUCUUAAAUGUGUAGGAUACCUGUAAUUGUGUUUCAGAAGACUGCACACAGAAAAAAAAGGAGUGUAUGACUGGAGUCAAAAACAUUCCACAGAAGUUGUAAGCAAGGUCUGGUACCCCUAAAAAUUAAGCACUUUCACCAGUACAAAAACUAGUUUACAAGAUAAAAAACCUAUAUUUGUUAUUUUUCUUUUUGCGUUACAUUUUUUCAAAAGAUACGAAAGGCCAUAUAAAUGUCUUCUUGAGUUUAUUUAAUCUGUACAAAACUAUAUACAGAAUAUACAAUAUAUAUUAAAAAAUAAAUUUAAAUACACUAUAAAACUGCUUGAUCAAGGUCAUGAAAUACAUCCAUCUGUGACUAUUCUUUGGAAACUGCCUAUUAUUUUAUAAGCUCACCGCACAUUGAAGUGGUCCUGCAUUAUCAUGCAAUACAUAUGAACCAAUCUCUACACAGUAGAUCUUCCCACACUGCCAGAAGUGAACACACACAGCAUCUAUACUACAAAACCAUUUGUUGAGAAAAUAUGGACAGUAUGAAAAGAGGGAAUAGCACAGGAAGUAGGAAUCUGAAAACAGUGGACGUUAAGCUUCGAAAAAGAGGACAGUAAAUGUCACAACUGGGUCAUCAUUGGUCCAAUCUCUCAGGGGUUUCUUUGUAUCUCAGGAAACCCACCAUGGUUAUUGGUUUAAAGGGUUAUAAUCUCUUUAUAGAGGUUUACUUCUACAACACACAAAGUAUUAGGAAGGAGGACUACAGAUGAUGGUACAAGAAGUCAUAUUUCUUCUCAAAAGCUCAAAUCCCAACAGUCCCAGAUGAUCUUACAUCUUUUAACCCAUGUCAAGGUUCUCACUGUAUCUUCAUUUCAGACUAUGCAUCAAAGCCCCAACACACCUGCUCAUCUCCCAGCGCUUGCUGUGAACGUCUAUGAAUGUUAGGAAAAGUGGAAGGCAAACCUCAACCGUGUUCAAUUUCAACCCAAAAAAUUAAAUUUCACCGCAAGGCUGAAUUGUAGAUCGACAUUUGAAUGCACAAAGACUUUGCAGACUUUGAUCAAAUGUGAUAAUUUACUGAAGGACGUAAGCAGGUCAUCUGUGCUAAAUUAAUUUGUCACCCUUCAUUGUGGGAUUUUUGGAGACUAUCAGACAGCUGCACUCAAAGACAGCUUCUUACCAUUCCAGAUGAAACUCCCAACGUGACUGUUCCUCUGGCUCCCAAUCAGACAAUGGACAGAAACUGGUGCUAUUGAGCCGGAGCGCCCUCAGCAGUCCAGGAGAGGAAGUGCUUGGCAAAAAUCUGUUCUGACUCGUGAACACUUGCGAAACUGAGUCUAAAUAUAUAUUUACCUUCUCAGACUGGUCAUUCACGUAUUCCGACUGUACGAAAAGGUGUAAAAUGAAAAAAAAAGAGAAGGAAUACCACAACAUUUAAAAGUGUGUGACAUUUGUUUUAAAUAUUUAGUGAAUGAAAAAAAUGAGUGUUUAUUUGCCUUGUACUCUGGCGUGAAGCCUCUGUGUUUUUAAAUGCCUUGGUAUUGCACUUCCGUAGAGGUAUGCAGAGUUUCUUUUACUCUUUUUAGGAUUUACUACUAUAGUAUUUAUCACUACUCUUGUGUACUCUGUGCUUAAUCCUAUCAAUGUCAGCAGUACUCUCACAGGUACAAACAAAAGAGAGACAGGAGGGGGGGAUAUGGUAGUAUUCGGGCAAAACAAAAUAGAGAACACAAGAGAUGUACGACUGUUAGAAGCCUUGUGCAUCAAUAAUGUAAAUCCCAGAGAGGGAACAUACAGUAUUUCCAGCUUCUACACAGAUGAAAUGCUACUUUGAAUGCAGCAUCCUUUAGUAGGAUGGACUUAUAAUCCUAUUAGUAGCAUUUGACACAGUGACCUGAAAAGAAAGGGUAUUCACCAAGCGUGGACGUUUUUGUUUACAGUUCUUCCACCUUGUGCAAGCCAUUUUAUGCUCGAUUCUUCUUUUAUUUUAUUAAGCUUAUUGGGUUUCAUUUUAAAGGCAAUUUUGGUUCACAGAGGGACAAAUCUGCUCUACAACAAUAAAAAUGUGCCAACUUAGAAGGAAAAAAUUAUUUUAACAAGCACUGUGUUGUUUCUGAGCCCUGAACAAGAUUUACAACGAUUGUGUUGUGGUGAAUGGGAACCAACGACUUUAAAUCAGUUCCUGGCAUUACAAGAUGACCAAACUUUAGCAUUUAAUAAAUGAGAUGGAGUAUAAUAAAGUAUAAUAGUAUUUCAGUGCACAAAGGCUCUCACAGUUUACUGAUUGCCAACAAAGCUUUACAAAUGUUUAGAUUGCCCUUAUUCAUUGGGAAUAUAUGAAAGACAGGGUGGAAAGGCAAGAAAAUUAUGAGAAUUAUAUUUUUGUUAUUUUAUCCUUGGAAAGACAUAUUUUAAAAUCUGCAUAUUAUAGACCUCACCCUCAAGCGGAAAUUAUAAGAUUGGUGUGAGAUCUUUAAAUCACUUGCAGUAUGUCUUGCCUAUGUGGUAAAAAGUAUAUCAUUAAAAUAAAUUAUUUUUCUUGCAUAACA